AGGGAGGGGACUGACGAGCGCCCAAUGCAUGUUCACAUUUGUGUAUGCCAUCAGAUCUCUGCUUCUCUCCGUCUCAUUUCACGCUUGUCUUUCCGAACUCCUCCAUACAUCAGUUUGUGUUCCCCCUUUUUUCUUAAAUUUCCUCAUCUUUCCUCCUCCUCUUCACUUCCCUUUUACCCCCCCGGCCUCCCCCCUCCUCGUCUCUUAAUAUCCUCUGAUCUUAAUCCCAUUGUUUUGUUACCGGUUUUGUGUCUCUUCUCUUAUUCUCUUAUUCUCCGUCCUCAAUCUCUUUUUUUCUUCUCUUCUAUGCUCUCUCUGUUUUGUUUUUUUUCUCUGUGUGUUUUUUUGUUUGGUAAUUUAGAGACUGAGCAGUGCCAGAAAAGACAAGUUUGGAGGACAGAAGACAUAGUUGCUGCUGCCGGUUGUUUACUAGUGGUUAGUCUUAGCAUACUUGUGGCGGCAGGGAGGAGGAAGGAGGGCUUGGCGAUGGUCACGACUAUGGACAAUCCCUGUCCCAAUGGGGUACAGGAGGAGGAGGAGGCCAUGCCCUCGGGACAACCGGGCACGGAGGGCGCCCCAGCUGUGCAGGGAGCAGAAGCAUCUGGAGCCAUGCAGCAGGUGUUGGAUAAUCUGGGUGAGGUGCCCACCUCGACGGGAGCCAAAGACAUUGACCUGCUCUUCCUGCGAGGCAUCAUGGAAAGUCCCACUGUACGCUCCCCAGCCGAGGCUCACGAGCAGCUGGAGGACGUGAAGCUGGAAGCGGUGCAGGACAACAAUGUGGAGCUGGUGACGGAGAUCCUCGGGGACAUUAGCAACCUCAAGGUGAAAGACGAUAGUGCGGCUGAACUGUCCAGGAUCCUCCAGGAGCCACACUUCCAAUCUCUCUUGGAAGCUCAUGACUUGGUGGCCUCAAAAUGCUACGAAGUCCCUCCCCCGGCCGAGACGGCCAAUGACGCGGCGGUGAACAGCGCUCUCAUGCAGGCCGACGCCGUGCGCAUGAUUGGCAUCCGAAAGAAGGCCGGAGAGCCUCUGGGCGUGACCUUCCGUGUGGAGAGAGACGAGCUGGUCAUCGCCAGGAUCCUUCAUGGCGGCAUGAUCGACAGACAGGGUCUGCUCCACGUCGGGGACAUCAUCAAGGAGGUGAAUGGGAAGGAUGUCGGCAACAAUCCCACUGAGCUGCAGGAGAUGCUGAAAGACUGCAGCGGCGGGAUCACGCUGAAGAUCCUCCCCAGCUACCGGGACGCUCCCGCUCCUCCACAGGUGCAUGUGCGGCCGUACUUUGACUACGACCCGGCCAACGACAACCUGAUCCCUUGUCGGGAGGCGGGAAUGGCCUUCAAGAGGGGAGACAUCCUGCAGAUCGUCAACCGAGAGGAUCCCAACUGGUGGCAGGCGUGUCAGGUAGUGGGCGGAGCCACAGGACUGAUUCCCAGCCAGUUCUUGGAGGAGAAGAGGAAAGCUUUUGUCCCCAGAGACUUUGAUGGAUCAGGAAUGCUUUGUGGUACAAUAGCUGGAAAAAAGAAGAAGAAGAUGAUGUAUCUAACAGCCAAAAAUGCAGAGUUUGACAGACACGAGUUGCAGAUCUAUGAGGAAGUAGCAAAGGUCCCUGCAUUCCAGAGGAAGACGCUGGUUCUGAUCGGCGCUCAGGGGGUGGGCCGACGCAGCCUGAAGAACCGGCUGAUGGUCCUGCAGCCCACUCGCUUCGGCACCACUAUACCAUACACCUCACGGAGGCCCCGCGACGACGAGCUGGACGGCAACUCCUACCACUUCACCUCUAGGACGGAGAUGGAGGCGGAUGUGAAGGCCGGCCGCUUCCUGGAGCACGGAGAGUACGACGGCAACCUGUACGGCACCAAGAUCGAGUCCAUCCACGAGGUGGUCGGCACGGGACGCAGCUGCAUCCUGGACGUCAACCCCCAGGCUCUAAAGGUCCUGAAAACAGCAGAGUUCAUGCCCUACGUGGUGUUCAUUGCAGCGCCUGACUACGACACUCUCAAGUCCAUGCACAAGGCCGUGGUGGACGCCGGCCUCACAACAAAGCAGCUCACGGAAGUCGACCUGAGGAAGACGGUGGACGAGAGCGCCCGGAUCCAAAGAGCUUACAACCACUACUUCGACUUGACCAUCGUCAACGACAACCUGGACAAGGCCUUCGAGACGCUGCAGGCCGCUGUGGACAAACUGUGCAGCGAACCGCAGUGGGUCCCGGUGAACUGGGUGUACUGAGGACGACCCGGGGCUUCCACUGUCCAGCCCACGUGGGCCACGGCAGCUCACCCAUGGGUGGGCGCG